AUGUCCUCACUCAGCACUUGUUCAUGCUCUGGGAAGUACCCCACACUCCACACCCCUGCCCCGAUCCCAGCGUCCAAAUCCACUGUCCUCCACCCACCGGCUCUGCAGCAGGGAGAAGCAUUGUUGCUCAAUAGUCCGGUCAGUCCACAGCAAUCAGAGAGUGGUCUUCCUGGCAUCCUCACACAGACGUCCAGAUGGAGGCGACAGGAAAGAGAGGUUUCCCCAGACAGACAGAGGUAUGUGGGCCGCAGAGUCGCUGUCACAUGGUACGGACGAUGGAUGGUCCGCAAGCUGCAAAGAAAAUGA